AACAGUAUGUUGGGAAGAUAAGCUGACAACUUGGGUGUUGUGUGGGCAAGAGGGAAAAUAGGGAAAAAAAUUACCAUGGAUGCAGUUCACGAGUAUGGACCAUUACAAGUGUUGCCAAUUGAAGAUCUGAAUGAGGAUGGGGAGAGCAGUGACGUGUAUAAAUAUUUGUUAUCUGUAAGAGAUGAAGCAUGGAACGGACUGCCAGUGGAAUUUAUAGAUAGAGAAAUAAAGUCAGAACCAGAACCAACACAAGAAGAACAAGAGCAAGAACAAGAGAAAGAGCAAGAACAGAGUGCUGAAGUAACUGAAGAAGCACAAGAAGGGGUUACCCUAUGGCAACAACAGUUACUUGCUGAAUUCAAAGAUAUAAAACAGCAAUUGGCGCAAGUUGAUCAACCAGCUACUCUAUUAGAAAUCCCUGAAGAUGCAAGCCAUUGGCGAAAGUUUAUACUAAACAACGAGCCACCAACUAUAGAAUACUUUGUACAUCAGCUUGACAAACCAACCAAGGUUAAAUUACUAGUGUAUAUAACCAAAUGGCUCACUAUGUCCAAUGCAAGUAUAGCAAAUCUUUCUCAAUGGAUAUGGAAGAUCCUCUUAACUAUUGACACAAGGUCUAUGCUAACUCCAGAUGAAAUCUUCGUACUACGGAAGUUGGCCAAAAAGACAAUAAAAGUAAAGGAAACAUCUACUGAAACAUCUUCUGUUGGUAAUAUGACGAUUGAUAUGAUAAUAACAUUAGUGUGCAGGCAUUAUGGACAAUUGGAUUUGCUACAACAAUAGCUUGUGAAUAGUAAUAUUAACUGGCCUUACUGUGCAACUAAGGGUAUUUAUAUAAAUAUAUAUGUGAAUUUCUUGUCG